GAGGAGGAGGAGGAGGAGGAGGAGCUGCUGGAGGAGGAGGUGUGCAUGGCGCGGCCGGUGCAGAUCGUAGUAGCGGACGAGGAGGAGCACUCGUUCUCUCUGCAGGAGGAGGCGCUGGAGCGGCUGCUGCUGCAGAAGGAGGUGCAGGACCUCCACGUGGUCGUCGUCUCCGUGGCCGGAGCUUUCAGGAAGGGGAAGUCCUUCCUGCUGGACUUCAUGCUGCGCUACAUGUACAGCCAGUCGACUCGUUCGUGGAUCGGCGGCGAUGACGACCCUCUGACCGGCUUCACCUGGCGAGGCGGCUGCGAGCGAGAGACGACGGGGAUCCUCGCCUGGAGCGAAGUGUUCGUGGUGGAGAAACCCGACGGCUGCAAGGUUGCAGUUCUCCUGAUGGACACCCAGGGGGCGUUUGACAGCCAGUCGACCAUCAAAGACUGCGCCACGCUGUUCGCUCUGAGCACCAUGACCAGCUCGGUGCAGGUUUAUAAUUUGUCCCAGAACGUCCAGGAAGACGAUCUGCAGCAUCUCCAGCUCUUCACUGAGUACGGACGGCUGGCGAUGGAGGAAGUCUACGAGAAACCUUUCCAGACGCUGAUGUUCCUGAUCAGAGACUGGAGCUAUCCUUACGAGCAUCCGUACGGUCUGGAGGGAGGACAGAGCUUCCUGGAGAAACGCCUGCAGGUGAAGCAGAACCAACACGAGGAGCUGCAGAACGUCAGGAAACACAUCCACUCCUGCUUCUCCAACAUCAGCUGCUUCCUGCUGCCGCAUCCGGGCCUCAAGGUGGCGACAAACCCGCACUUUGACGGCCGGCUCAGAGACAUUGACGGAGACUUCCAGACGGAGCUGGUGAAUCUCGUCCCGACGCUGCUCUCUCCAGAGAAUCUUGUGGAGAAGGAGAUCGGAGGAGUGAAGAUCACCUGCAGAGACCUGCUGCACUACUUCAAGGCCUACAUGAAGAUCUAUCAGGGAGAGGAGCUUCCUCACCCCAAGUCCAUGCUGCAGGCAACGGCUGAAGCCAAUAACCUCGCAGCCGUCGCCGGAGCCAAAGACCUAUACAACAAGAGCAUGGAGCAGGUCUGCGGCGGAGACAAGCCCUACAUCUCCCCGGUGGAGCUGGAGUGUCGGCACGCGGAGCUCCGCCAGGCGUCGGUGCGUCACUUCCGCUCGGUGAAGAAGAUGGGCGGCGAGGAGUUCUGCCGGCGCUACCAGGAGCAGCUGGAGGCGGAGCUGGACGAGGUCUACGCCAACUUCAGCAAGCACAACGACGGCAAGAACAUCUUCUACGCGGCGCGGACGCCCGCCACGCUGUUCGCCGUGAUGUUCGUGAUGUACGUGACGUCGCUGGUCACCGGCUUCCUGGGCAUCAGCUCGGUGGCCACGCUGUGCAACCUGCUGAUGGGCCUGGCUCUCACCGCGCUCUGCGUCUGGGCCUACGCCAAGUACUCCGGAGAGUACCGCGAGGUGGGCGGAGUCAUCGACCAGGUGGCGGAGACGCUGUGGGAGCAGCUCUUCUUCAAACUCUUCGAGGUGGCUCGGAGUCGAGUCCCGUUGGGGAGCCUGAUCCCGACGCCGCGACCUCGACUCGCCUCAAACAACAACGUCAAGAAGAAAAACUAGCAGCACUCCUCCUGGCCUCUGUCACAUUUAUCCCUCCUCCUCUUCCUCCUCCUC